AUGUAUGGCACUGACAUUACAUGUGAGAAAAAAUUUCAAGAACGAUUUUAUAGAUUAAAAGAACACCCUAAUACGGAUGAAACUUUUCUAUUAAUAAAGGAUUAUGUUGUAAGUGUAGAAACAAAUGUAAUGAAUCAGAGUAUUAUUUUUAGUAACAGUAAUCCUUUAAAUGUCGAUAAAAGCACGAGAUUAUUUAUACGUGAAUUUAAUGCAUAUUGUUUAGAGUUUUUAGUCAGAAUGGCGUCAGCACUGGCUGAUAAAAAAACAUCAAGUAAAGCGCAUGUAUAUUUGGGACUUACCUAUGAACUGGGAUUGUUUGGAAUCACCAAAAAUCCAAAAAAUUCAUUUAACUAUUAUAUUGUGUCAGCCAAACAAAACAAUAAAUUUGGUACUUACAGGCUGGCACAGGCGUAUGAAAAACAGAAAAGAACUAAAGACGGGUAUACAAAAGCCUUGUAUUUUUACAGGUGUGCAGCAAAAUUGGGGUGUAUAUAUGGGAUGCAUACAUAUGGAUCAAUAUUACUCAGAGGGGAUUUGAACUCUAAUAAAGAAUUUGAUACUGGCCUUUUUUAUUUAAAACUAGCUAGUCGAAAAGCUAAUACAUCGUAUCCUUACCCAUUUUAUGAUUUAGGGCAGGUAUACGAAUCAAGUAACAGUUGUAGUGAUAUUGAUGCAGAUGAUGAUUAUGCUUUUAAGAUGUACGAAAGAGGGUGCAAUUUAGGCUGUCCUAAUUCGUUAUAUAGAUUAGGAAAAUGUUUUGAACUUGGACAGCUGUUUAAAACUCCUAAUAUGAAAAUUGCUAUAGAAUAUUAUAAAAGAGCAGCGGAUAAAGGUCAUAUGGAUGCACAAUAUUUAAUGUCCAAAUUUUUCUUUACAGGCCUUGAUGGUGUAUUAUCUGUCAAUUAUAAUCAAUCAUUUACAUAUGCAUUACUAGCUGCUGCAAGGGGUCAUCCCGAAGGGGCGUAUUCGGCGGGUGAAUUUUUCGAGAAAGGGUAUGGAAUGAAAAAGAAUCCUUUACUAGCUUUAUGGUGGUACACAAUUUCUUCCUCUCUUGGUUAUAAAAAUGCGGAAACACGAAUGAAUAAGCUUAGAAAUAGUGUCAAUAUUGAUAAUAUAGGGCCUUCACGCCAGUACAAAUCUUUAUGUGGUUUCUGUUAG